GAGGAGGCGGCAGCAGCAGCAGUAGCGGCUAGGGCUGUGAAUGUGAGUGACAGAAGCACAGGUGCAGCAGCAGCAGCAGGUGCCGCAUGCGCUGGCCUUGGGGCGCAGCAGGGUCAGGGUCAGGCAGCUGCUGCUGCUGAUUGCCCCCCGCAGCAGCAGCAGCAGCAGCAGCCGGAGCUGCUGUUGGCUACGGCUACCGGUACCUCCCCCCCCACCCGGCCGCCCCCGCCCCCCUACGACGGGCUGUUGCUAACCCGGGCGGUGGAGCUGGCGGACCGGCUGCUGCCUGCAUUCGACACGCCCUCGGGGCUGCCAGCGCUGUUCGUACACCUGAGGGAGGGUUACGUACGGGACGCGUACAACAGUACGUGUACGGCAUGUGCCGGCACCCUGCUGCUGGAGUUUGGCAUGCUCACCGCACUCACCGGCAACCCGGUCUACAUGGAUCGCGCCGAGUUCGCGGCUCGUGCGCUGUACGGCCGGCGCAGUCGCGUGACGGGUCUGGUGGGGGCCUCCCUGGACGUGGGCAGUGCGGAGUGGGCUAGCAGGGAGAGCAGCAUCGGGCCCGGGAGCGACUCAUACUACGAGUAUUUGCUCAAGGCCUACCUGCUGUUCGGUCGCUCCGAGUACUUAGACAUGUUCGCGCAGCUGUACGCCAGCAGCAUGCGGUGGAUGCAGCUCCCCGGCUCCCCCCAGGGUUACUCCUUCCUCGUAGAUGUGCACAUGGACACGGGCCGCCUGGCGCGACCCUUCGUCUCCUCGCUGGGGGCCUUCUGGCCGGGCAUGCAGGCGCUGGCGGGUCAGGAGCGUGACGCGGUGCAGCUGCACGCCAACUUCACGGCCGCCUGGAGAGCAUUUGGGUGGCUGCCGGAGCUGUUCGGGGUGGACCUGGGCAAGGUCCACCCCGAGGACCCCGGCUACAACCUGCGGCCCGAGCACAUCGAGUCCACCUACCUGCUGCACUGCCUCACGCAGGACCCGCUCUACCUGCGCGUGGCGGCCAACAUCCAGCACACCCUGCACACACACAACCGGGUCAAGUGCGGAUUCACAAACGUCAACCACGUGGACACGGGCCAGCAGGGGGACCUGAUGGAGUCGUACUUCCUCUCCGAAACCGCCAAGUACCUCUACCUGCUCUUCUCCUCCGCGCCCGCCCUGCCCGACUACUACAUACUGUCCACGGAGGGACACCUGCUGCCGCCGCUCACCGACCCCACCGCGCUGGCGCCGGAACGGCUG